AUGAAAAUGUGGCUACGGGUGGCACUCUUGCUGCUCACAUCAUGCGUUCCCUCAACGGUGGCCAUUUAUCCUGAUGAGGUCAAUCAUAUCGAUUUCCACCAUGCGCUCCUGGGCACUCCCUCAUCACACUCGACUUUCUUCCUCAAGCCUUCCUCCUCCUCUAAUGCCUCGCUGCUCUAUACUCUCUCACAGAAACUGCUUCUUGGUGCAGUGAACCCGAGAGAUGGCUCACUGGUUUGGAGACAGAACGUUUCCCGAUCAUUGCUCUCGAAGGACGAUGGCCAGGUUCAGUCGUUCCUGCGUGCCUCGGACGGAUCGAAUGCGAUGGUCAGCGCAGUGGGCGAUUAUAUCUCUUCAUGGAGUGCUUUGGACGGAAAAUUGAUCUGGGAGAAUUGGUUCGCCGGUGAGCCUGUGAUCGACCUCGAGCUGUUGGAGCUCGAAGAUGCCGGCGCGACUUCAUCGGCUCGAGAUGCGAUCGCACUGUACGGUCACAAGGCAGGUGUUCUCCGGAGACUGGAUUCUGAAUCUGGGGAUGUGAAGUGGGAGUUUAAGGAUGAUAGUGGUGACAUUCCCUUCCAAAUAUCAUCCUCCGCAACCGAGGUCUUCUACAUCUCUCUACAGUCGGGCCUGCUCAAGGGCUACAGAAUAAAAAUCACUUCAUUGGAUCCUCUUACCGGCCGACAGACUCGGCAGCACAUUUUGAACACGGAGAGUGACGUGUCUGGACCGGAGUCGAUUCUCUUCGUCGGCGCCAACACCGCUUCUCCAGUCAUCAUUUGGACGGACAAGGCACAGAAAGCUUUGAAAAUCAACCAGAUUGGCCUGAAGCAAGUGAAUACACUCCACAUUGAUAAUACGAGCGGCGAGGAAAUUAGGUCGAUUGAAGUCCAUACCCCGAAGAAGCUUAACUCUUUGCCGCAUUUCCUUGUCCACUAUGAAACGGACUCCAGCUCCUGGGCGGAAGUGUAUCACAUCGAUCUGACCUCGGCGACCGUUUCCAAAGCAUAUAGUCUGCCUCGUGUGCAAGAGAGAUCAGCCUUCGCGACGAGUAACAUUGAUGCCAAUGUCUACUUUACCCGCAUCACCCAGUCGGAGGCUGUGAUUGUCUCAUCUGCCUCUCAUGGAGUCCUGGGCAGAUGGCCGCUGCAGGCGCCUACGACUGAGCACGCCCAGCAUGCUGUAUCAGAAGUAGUCGCUAAGGGGGACGCCGUCGCUGUUCGGUCCGCAACAGUCUUGUCGUCGGGUGACUGGCAACUCAUUCGGAACGGCCAAACUGAAUGGACGAGGUACGAGGCAUUGAAUGGAGCGGUUGCCGCUUCCUGGGCUGAGGAAGAAUACCAGGAAGAUCUCGCUCAUGAAUUGGAAGUUGAGGGGCAUGAGAGCUUAUACAAGGCCUAUAUCCAUCGCGUUAAGCGCCACGCCAGAGACCUGCAACAUCUUCCAGAGUGGCUGAAGGAACUACCUAAGCGUAUUCUGACUAGUAUUCUCAGCGACGAAGUUUCGAGCCUUGAUGGCUUUGGACUCAGCAAAACUGUCGUUGUAGCUACUGAGAAUGGACGAGUGUAUGGCAUCGACACCGGAAAUCACGGCGUUGUCUCUUGGAGCGUCAAGGCUGCUGAAUCAGACAGCUGGAACGUGAAGGCCAUCCUCACUCAACCUGGGUACGCCACUGUGUACGUCGACGAUGGUAGCUCAGUGAGCCUGAACACGACAUCUGGCGCUGUCAUCAAGCGUACGCCCGCUUCAGGCAAGAUCGCUUCUAUCGCCGUCAUCAAUGGUCCUUCAAACCCUAUCACCAUCGGCGUCAAGGAGGAUGGUGUGCCAGUAGAGCCUUUGGAAAAACCUGGCUUUUUCGUGACUCUCAGUGCCGAUGGCCGUGUCCUGGGAUGGAGUGCCGCUGACAACAAAACGCCUGUCUGGGAAUUCCUGCCUGCUCAGGGACAGAAGAUCAUACGCGCUAUUGCACGCCCCGCGCACGACCCCGUUGCGUCUAUCGGCAAAGUUCUGGGCGACAGGUCUGUUCUUUACAAGUACUUGAACCCGAACCUGGCUCUGAUCACGGCUGCGGGUGAAGACAACACAGCCACAUUCUACUUACUGGACGCCAUUUCCGGGAGAAUCCUUCACAGCAGCACUCAGAAGGGCGUUGAUACCAGUCAACCUAUUGCUUCUACCAUCUCCGAGAAUUGGUUCGUUUACUCCUUCUAUGGCGAUCCACUAACCCCGUCAGACGCCAAGGGUUAUCAGCUGGUGGUUUCAGAGCUCUACGAGUCGCCCCUUCCCAACGACCGUGGCCCGUUGGGCUCUGCAUCGAACUACUCUAGCAUCCACGGUAGUAACAUCCUCCCACUGCCUCAUGUGAUUUCCCAAGCCUUCAUCAUCCCCGAACCCAUCUCGCACAUGGCCGUCACGCAAACCCGACAAGGCAUCACAACCCGCCAACUUCUCUGCACGCUCCCAGCUUCGAACUCGAUCGUUGGCAUCCCCCGCCCGGUGCUAGACCCCCGGCGGCCUGUUGAACGGGACCCAACCUCCACCGAGGCCGAGGAGGGUCUGUUCAAGUACAACCCCGUCCUCGAGUUCGACGGGAAGUGGUACCUCUCACACAACCGCGAUGUCGCAGGCAUCAAGGCCGUCCUCUCUAGCCCAACUUUGCUCGAGAGUACAAGCUUGAUCUUCGCGUUUGGAGGGGACGUCUUUGGCACGCGGGCCACUCCCAGCCAGGCAUUCGAUGUCCUCGGCAAGGGAUUCUCGAAGUUGCAGCUCAUCAUGACAGUUUUGGCUUUGAGCGUAGGUGUGAUUAUCUUGGCGCCAAUGGUGCGGAGGAAGCAGACCAAUCUGCUGUGGAAGGCAGCCUAG